UCUCCAGUAGCGGCCACCGGCUUUAUCACUAUCAUCGCCGCGAUCUUGACACUGGCUUUCACCAUUGAAAGUCUGGCUGACUUUCUGAGUUUAGGAACCCUUAUCGCCUACUCCAUGACGGCAAUUGGCGUCAUCUUUAUUCGCUAUUGUCCUCCGCCCGAGCUCAACGGAUUGCCGGAUGCCGACUUGCAGAAACCAGCCAACUCCGUAGCACCGGAGCGGGUUCAUGUGAGUGCUGAAUUCUGA